AUGGCUAAGAGGCAGGCGACAGAACAGAUCACACGAGAAGCAUUCACCGGGGAUGCUUCGGACGACAAUGAAGAGCGCCCCACGCAAGCAAGUUCGCUGGUGUUGGCCAAGAGAAAGAUAUUGAAACCAAGAGGAAAAUUAAGUGAAGGUAAUGGAAGUGUGAAAAAUUCGGCGUUCCAAAUGCCACUGGGUAGUUUUCAGUUUAAUCCGCAGCCCACAACCAGUACAUUUCCGAACAAUGUCCAUCCAAAAGCCGAUGACGAGGCAAAUAAAAUUAAAGCAUUAAAUGAGAACUUCAUAAACAAAAUAAGCGAAUCAAACAAGGCUAAUAGCAUUGCCAAUUUCACUCCCAUAGCUGAAAAAUACAUCAGUUACUACAAGGAAAUCCAGAAUGGAAAGCACCUGCAAAAUGCUACAACAAUCGACAUAGCUCAGCAAAAGACCGACGCGGACAAGAUUGAAGAUGACCAGUCAAGUAGUGACAGUGAAUCAGAUAAAAAAGAGGGCGCAAAAGACGUGAAAGUUGAGGGGCCAAAGUUUACUAUCGCCCAAAAACCUACACUGUCAUCAUCUCCAUUUACAUUCGAUCCCAAGAAAAUUGCAAAAUUGAACGCCAAAGACUCAGACGAAUCUGAAGAUGAUGUGCCGAUUCAAGGACCAAUAUUCAACUUUAACAAGCCUAUUCAGGAUAAUGUCUUCAAAUUUAAAGGCUCUUCAGAAUCAAAGAGUGAGGUCGACUUAUCCUCCAAGACCGAUAAGGGAAGCUCCACUUCAGUCAAACCAACAUCACAAUUCAGCUUUGGGUCAAAUCAAAGCCAGGCAACACCAGUUGGCUCUACUUCAGGAACUUUCAACUUUGGAGCUAAACCGGUAGAAACGACAAACCAAGCCGAUCAAAAACAGGACUCUACGAAAUCAUUUAGCUUUAACAACCCGUCUAACCAAAGUUCGAGUACAAGUGGCACAUUUAAGUUUGGAUCUAGUCAGCCAGCAUUUGGUGCAUCUUCUGAUAAGCCAUCCACCGGAUUCAGCUUUGGUGCAAAGCCGGAUCAAAGUUCUACUCCAGGGUUAGCAUCAUCGACGGGCUCAGCAUUCUCCGCUUUUGGUACAAAGCCUGCAGGUGCAGCAUCUUCUUCCCCGGCUUUAAAUUUUGGAACGAAGCAAGACGAUACGGGUCCACUGGCUGGAUCAGAAAAUACUGCCAAUUCUGCUGCAUCUGGAGGAGCAACUUCGUCUGGAUUCCUUGGAUUUAAGCCUGCUGGAAUUCAAAACAAAGAUUCAAAACCCUUUCAAUUUGGUGCAAGCACAUCAACAUUUGACAAUUCCUCUUCCAAACCUUCUAGCUCACCAUUUAACUUCAUAGGUAACCAAAACACAAGUGAUGCUUCUCAAAAGGCUCCUGAAUCAAACAAAACUGGAUUUACAUUUGGACAAAAAGCUGAAGAAGGGUCUACUGGAACCACUGCCCUAACUUCGACAGCUAAUAUAUUUGGGAAUGCCAAUGCAAAAGCUACAGCCCCAAGCAACCCAUUUGGUGGACUAGGAUCUACAGGCUUUCAAUGGGGUAAAACCGACAAUACAAGCAAUAAAGAAGAAAACAAAGAACAAGAAAAAAAGGAUGAUGAUAAAGUGGAGGAACACGAAGUGGAGGGCAAUUUUGCUCCUGUUGUCCACAUGAAUGAGAAAAAGGAGGUGCAAUCGGGUGAAGAAAACGAGGAAACUAAAUUCACCAUUCGAGCCAAGUUGAUGGAGUUUGAUUCAUCGAAUGCUACCAACCCCUAUGUAAACAAAGGACUAGGAGAAUUGAAGGUGUUACGAAAUAAGGAAACCUCAAAGUCGAGGAUAAUCGUCAGAGCAGAUGGUAGUCUCCGAGUACUAUUGAACACCUUGUUAUCCAAAGACGUUUCUUAUAGCUCAAUGGGAAAUGGUUCGUUGGUGCGUAUUCCUGUUUUCAGCAGCGACAACAAAAUCGAUACAUACGUGGUCAAGGUCAAGACCGCCGAUGACGGGAAAGAGCUUUUGAAAACUAUCGAAGACUUGAAAUCGUAA